AUCAAGUGACUCCGCUGUUAUUAGUGGCAAGUUGGCAACACUGUCAACUUAGAACUACUUCAUUUGGAGACCAUUGCGUCAAGACACCGCAAAGGCAGACUACUAAAGCAUGCCACCCUCGGACCAUUCUUCAGACUCCUCAUCAAACGUAUCAUAUGAUUCUGAUGAAGACUACCGUUUGGCCCAGAAAGAGUGGAACGAGAGUUUAGAAGAGCUCCAGCAACUUGUACUCGUCUUACUACUGCCAUGGGUGGGCAAGUACUUUGGCAGGAGGUGUAGUUAUUGGCGUAUGUACAAACGCAUCAAGCCUGCCUACACUUACGAAUAAUGUGUCUUGCAGUGUAUGAUCGUUAUACUCGUGUUGGUCUCGGCAAGUCAUUUUUCAUGGGCGAG